UGCUGGGCUGGGGCUCUCGAGGAGGGAAGCAGCAGUGGCUGAGCAGGGCUCUCUUUGCACCUUUGCCCUCCCUCUGGAGGCACAUCUGGCUCCUGUGCUCCAUCCCAGAGUGUCUGGGGGUUACCCCUGGGGUCUCCAGCACCCCAGCACUCACCCACGGACUGGGCCUGUCUGCUGCCAGAGGCAGUUCCCCUGCAGUUCUAUUCCUCCCACAUUUGGAAUUCAGUAACAGCCUCUUAGUGUUCCUGAGGAAGUUGGGCUUUGGGGUUUUGCUCAGUAACGCCUUUGGUCUGAUUUUUCUAUACAGUUUUAGGGUCAUGUCCACAAGAAUGUUCCCUGGGAUGGGCAUUCCUGGGUUGUAAAUGCUGAUGGAAUGAGCCCAGUUGGGGUUUCCAGGAAGACAACCUUGCUUAAGAGACUGCUCAGGGGCAGGAUGGCUGUGGUUUUGACUUGGGGCCCUGCCCACAUCCCUCAGCAGUGCCCUGCUGUCACCCAGGCUGGCUGUGGUCGUUCUCUGCCCUGCAGCACUGGGGUGUUGCUGCCAGCAGCUCUGGGUGAAGUGUUGGGCUCAGGUGGCUCUGCCUCCCCUCAGGGGUGCUGGAGGUGCCUGUCCAGCCCAGCUGGGGUGAACCUGGAUCCUCCCUGUCCCCGCUGCCACCAGUGUUGUGUUUCCUCCAUUGUGGCUCAGGCAUCAGCUGUGUCAGGCACUGAAUGCCUGCCUGUAAGGCAGAAGAAAAAUUUAUGUUCUAAGAAACAAUGCCAGCCAAAAUUUGCCAACCUUUCCUUAUGUGUUUUUAUAGGACUCUCUUGGAACCAGAAGUAAACGGCUUUUAAGCACCAGCACCUAAAUAUAGGCUCAUGAUUGAUUGGGCUGUGUUUUUUUGUUUAGGUUCCUAAAAUAGACUUUUGGGAUUGGAAAUGCCUGGUGAGGCACAAAAUGAGACAGUGAAAGUUGCACUAUUGAUGUUGCUGGCAGGAGAGGCUGGAGCUGCAGUAAGCAACCCAUUUAUCCAGAAAACAAGACAAACCACCACAAGGGAAGGCUUUGGUACAUCUCCAAAAGCCUUCCCUUGAAGGGAGGAUGGGGUUUGGUGGUUGACAGUCAAGGACAAAGCUCAGGCUCACAACCCUGUUUGGAGCCAGCUCUGGGUGCAGAGAUCAGACCCUCCUGGGAUGCCCAAGCACGGGGAGACUGAUCACAGACUCUCCUGCCACAGUGGCAGGUGUAUGAAGAGAAUUUUUCAUGCUUGCAAGUGAGUCAAGGAGGAAACAAAGCAUCCUCGAAGUAUCCCCCCCAUUUCCCAUUUCCUAAGACUCCUUAACUUCUUCUUGAGGUACUACACCAGUUAAAAAAACCAAAAAAAUCCCCAACAAACCCCCCAAACCCCAGAACCUGACAAUACCCCUGUGUGUCUGGUGUUGUUGGAAGUGUUGGCUGGGUUGUUCCCGUGAAGGGCUGGGGAGGGUCCAGCUGCCAGCACAGCUCACCCCACCCACCCUGGGGCGUGCUGCUGCUGCCCCAGGCUGCCCUCGGCUGCAGCCCGGGGUGAGCUCCCCAGCAGGGCCAGCACGGCUCCAGCUGCCCUGCCAGGAGCUGCUGGGCACGCCAGGGGUGCCAGGCACCAAACGAGAGCCCAGCUCAGGUGCUCCUUAUGGAUGGGGAUGCUAAAAGGCAAUGGAAUUACAGGUGCCAGCAUGUGUGACUGGGACAGCCUCAAAAUAACUAAGGGUUAGAAAACUGCUUAGCAGUACACUCAAGUGAUGCAAUAGUCACAGAGCUGUAAAGCAGGGACCAAUCUAAACCUAUUGAAAUUACAUCAAGGAGCAGUUCUUGCUCCCUCACCAGUUUUCUGAGGAGUUAGUGCAGCAGGAAGGAAGAAAUGCUCCAUUUGUUCAGCCCUAUUUUAUCCUUCAGUGCAACAGCAGUUGCCUGAAUGAACAAAAUAAAAGCUGGUAAAUGAGAAGCCAGCGUUGGUUAUUAGCCAUGGGGGAAAUUUUAAAUCAGCUUCUGUAUUGCCUAAAUAUGAGCUGAUUUAUUGGCCUUGUCCACAUUGAAAGGCUACAAUAGCUUUUUAUACAUACUAAUAGGGUUAAUAUUUGCUAACUGUGAAGCACAUCACAAUAAAGGGGAGGUGGGGGAAAGGUAGAGAAGCUGUGGCUGCCCCAUCCCUGAGGAUGCUCAGGGCUGGGUUGGAUGGGGCUUGAAGCAGCCUGGUCUAGUGGAAGAGCCCCUGCCCAUGGCAGGGGGCUGGAAUUAGCCACUGUGGGGUUUGGUCAUUCUGCAUUAGCAGCAUUCAUUCUCUUUCUAUCUUUGCCAAUAAUUUAUGUAGCAAUGAUGAGUAAGCAUUGGAGCGGUGAUGUGCUGCUGCAUGAGAACCGAGGGUUCCCCUUUCCACCAGCCCUGCCUGCCCCCGGGGCGUGGGAUGGGAGCAGGGGGUGUCCUGUCCCCCCGUGGGGCCGCCUGGUUUCCCGGUGGGUUCCCAUGAAGGGGAAGUGUUGUUUGCAUCUCGGCAGCUCAGCCCAGCAGAUCCCGCCUCAACUCGUUAAUGAUUGAAUCCUGCGCAAACGCGGCGUGGCGACAGCAGGACUGCACCCCGGGACCCCACAGCUCUGCCAGGACCCCACAGCUCUGCCAGGACCCCACAGCUCUGCUGGGACCCCACAGCUCUGCCAGGACCCCACAGCACUGCCGGGAUUCCACAGCACUGCUGGGACCCCACAGCUCUGCCGGGACCCCACAGCACUGCCGGGACCCCACAGCUCUGCCGGGACCCCACAGCUCUGCCAGGACCCCACAGCUCUGCCAGGACCCCACAGCUCUGCCGGGAUCUCACACCACUGCCGGGACCCCACAGCUCUGCCGGGACCCCACAGCUCUGCCGGGACCCGCAGCACCACAGCCCCGGGCAUGGCUGUGAAUGAGACCAGUGACUGUCUUCUGACAAAAAGAGUACUAGAAAAGUAUUAUCUCCCCACCAUGUACAGCUUUGAGUUCAUUUUAGGUGGCAUUGGAAACACCAUUGUGGUGUUUGGCUAUAUUUUCUGCCUGAAAAAAUGGAAAAGUGGCAACAUUUACCUGUUCAAUUUAUCCGUAUCAGAUUUGUUAUUUCUGUGCACUCUGCCAAUACUGGUGAACAGCUACUCCCAAGAUCAGUGGGCAAGGGAGGGUAUCCUGUGCCACAGCAACAGAUUCCUGCUGCAUGCCAACCUGUACAGCAGCAUCCUCUUCCUCACCGCUAUCAGCGUUGACCGGUACAUGCUCAUCAGACACCCUUUCAGGGACCACGUCCUGCAGAAGAGGAGAACGGCUGUCAUGGUGUCUGCUGCCAUCUGGAUCGGGGUGAUCCUGGAGCUGCUGCCACUGGUGCAUUUCCUGGAGCCUCUAACACCCAAAAAUAAAUACAAGUGUCUUGAUUACGCGAGCUCGGGAGACCCCACGACAAACCUCAUCUACAGCAUGUUCCUGACUGUCUUUGGUUUCCUGAUUCCUCUCCUGAUCAUGUGCUGCUUCUACGUGAAAAUGGUUCGUUUCCUUAAAAACAGGAGCGAGCAAAUCAGCUCUGCCCUGACCCUGGAGAAGCCCCUGGCCCUGGUGGUCCUCACGGUGGUGAUCUUCUCCCUGCUCUUCACUCCCUACCACGUCAUGCGCAACGUGCGCCUCGCGUCCCGAAUCCCGGCCUUGGGCCUCUCCGAGUGCACGCAGGGAAUCAUCAGCACCAUUUACGUCAUCACCAGGCCCUUUGCCUUUCUCAACAGUGUCAUUAAUCCUGUGUUUUACUUCCUAAUGGGCGACCACUUCAGAGAAAUGCUGAUGGCCAAAACAAGGCAGCUCUUGGGCAGGCUGACAGCCACUGGGAAGUGAAGGAGUAAGGAGACCACUCGUAAUGGGAGCGGUCUGGGAGGAAACUCUCUUAGGGAGAGCAUUCAGCAAUGUGCCAUUUUUUCCAGAUAACUUUAUUUAUUCAGUAGAAUAGGUAUGAGCUGAUUGUGUUCCUCUAAAUGCACCUGCUACCUUAUUGUACAGGAGGCUGCUGCUGAGCUGCCUGCAGCAAACCAGGAGGGAUGCUCUGCUGGCCCUCAGCCGGACAGCAGGACCCUGCUCUCGGACUGGGACACCCCACAGCCCGUCAAUACUGCAGCCAAAAGUCCAUCAGGUCAGCUCCUGGAGGGAAAACGCUGCUCUCAGACAGCUGACAUACCAUGUGAGCCACGCCGUGGGCCUGGGCUGGGACAAAACGUGCCUCCAUACAUCACCAGGACAGCCAGGCACGCUCACGGGGGCACUCACAGCCUCUCCUCAGCGUGUGGAGGUACCUGUCCUCAAUAUAACUGUCUGUAAGUGCCCGUGGAAUCUAUAGCCUGAGGCAGAAUUUAGACCUCGGAGUUCAACUUCAUUAGCAGUUCUGCUAAUGAACCAGGAGCUACUGAGGAGCUAGUCCCUGCCUGAUCCCUGCAGGAUCGAUCAGCAGCACAAGUUACUCUGCAAUGGACUGACCUGACUUCAAACAGACGGGGAGGGAUCGAUGGAGCAGCGAGUGCUGCGAGCCUGGGCUGCCCGGGGUUGCCGGGAGGCAGGGAGGGCGGGCAGGGAGGGUGGGCAGCCCCCUCCUGCAGGCACCCAGGGGCCCAGCCCUGCCCCGGGCCUCCCUGCUGGCACAGGAAGGGCAGAGCUGUCGGGUCCCACCCAGCUCGGGCUGGGUUCUGCUCUCGGAGGUGCCAGCCACCUGCAACGUGCUUCGCUUUGCUUUGGGUGCUCAGGUGGCACCGGA